UCUUGAACAAGUGCUUCCAGAGUGAGGCUUCUUUUUGAGUUUUCCCAUAAAUGCUUUCCAAAUGUCUCAUUCUUUUUAGGCCUUUCAGAUGUUGGUGGGAAAUCAUCAACUUGCAUUUAUCUGUGUUCAUGAAUUUUACAGGAUCUCUUUCCAAAAGGCGGAUGAGUAACAUUGAGCGUGCAGGAGGGUCGUUUUAUCUGCCUGUUAUGUCAGAUGGUGACAAGCUGAAAUGGGACACCACAGCGUGACGAGGAAAUUCUGUUAGUGCAGGGAGGGGUGGGGAAAAAUACAAUACCGUGUAGGAGCGCUAUAAAUUGUUGUUGGCUGUCACGAUAACUGCAGUUAAUAUUUGGCUGAGCUUUCUUGUUUGCUCUUAACAAAAAGUGUUGUGUGGUUAUUGUGACUUAAAAACAGUGGGGUGUUCUCACAAAGUCUCUGAAAGUCCUCUGGCACGGAGCUUGUGUCACUUCAGCACUGUUGGAAAUGUUGGGGUGUAAGCUGCUGGGUUCCAGUGUUGCUGGUUUUGCUGGCACCAAUGCGAUUAUAUACGCUGUCAAAACGACAUUUUGUCCUGGUCUUUGUAGUAUUCUUUGUCUGCUUUGGUUUGACAGUCUUCAUAGGAAUAGCAGGUCCUAAUGUAAUUGAAACUUCUGUAGCAAGAACUGACCUAAAUAGCAGCAUAAAGCUGAAGCCUUUUAAUUUAAGUUCGCCGCCACUGUCUACUUACAACCAGCAGCUGUGGCUGACCUGCAUAGUUGAGUUGGAUCAGCACGAUGUAUCACUCAAAAAGAAUGUUACUAUGACAGUCAAGGUACUUGGAGUGGUGAAGGAUGGAAGCACACCCUAUGUUAACAAUGAAGUUCACAACCGGACAAGGUUACUCAGUUGUGCACAGAAAUGCAGCGAAAUCAUCGUUGCUCACCUUGGCUACCUGAACUACACUCAGUACAACAUAUUUGUCAGUUUUGAAGAUCUAAAUAAGUUAACGUACGCCAUACAGAAUAUUACUUUCACAUGGAAGACAUACAAUCCAACAUUUUCACAAGUGGAAAUCUGGUUCCGAUUUGUCUUUGUAGUUCUUACCUUUAUGGUCACGUGUCUGUUUGCACAUUCUCUACGAAAAUUCUCCAUGAGGGACUGGGGUAUUGAACAGAAAUGGAUGUCUAUCCUCCUUCCUCUCCUCCUGCUUUACAACGAUCCAUUUUUUCCCCUUUCUUUUCUGGUGAACAGUUGGUUUCCUGGGAUGCUGGAUGACCUAUUCCAAUCACUGUUUCUGUGCGCGCUGUUACUGUUCUGGCUUUGUGUCUACCAUGGUAUAAGAGUACAGGGAGAAAGGAAGUGCUUAACCUUCUAUCUGCCCAAAUUCCUUAUUGUUGGACUAUUGUGGCUCGCCUCUGUUACAUUAGGAGUAUGGCAAACUGUUAAUGAAGUACAUGAUCCUACAUAUCAAUAUAGAGUUGACACAGGUAAUUUCCAGGGAAUGAAAAUCUUCUUCCUUGUGGUGGCAACCACAUACAUUCUCUACCUUCUGUUCCUGAUAGUGAGGGCAUGUUCAGAACUCCGUAACAUGCCUUAUGUUGAUCUCAGGUUAAAAUUCUUGACUGCAUUAACCUUUGUAGUACUUGUCAUUAGCAUUGUUAUACUCUAUCUACGCUUUGGAGCACAAGUUCUACAGGACAAUUUUGUUGCUGAGCUGUCAACUCAUUAUCAGAAUUCAGCAGAAUUCUUAUCAUUUUAUGGUUUAUUGAACUUCUAUCUCUACACAUUAGCCUUCGUGUAUUCCCCCUCAAAGAAUGCACUAUACGAGUCACAGUUGAAAGACAAUCCUGCUUUUUCUAUGCUGAAUGAUUCGGAUGAUGAUGUGAUUUAUGGGAGCGACUAUGAAGAAAUGCCACUUCAGAAUGGCCAAGCUAUUAGAGCCAAGUUUAAAGAGGAAUCAGACAGUGACUGAUCGAGUGAUUUUGAUAUAGACAGACUUGUUCAGCUGGAAUUAAAGCAAUUUUGAAGUUUUCCUAGAUAGACCACUUCCUUGGCUUUCUUACAGUCUGCUGUCAUCUGAACACGGGACUCCAGGAAGGACAUUCUGCUUCUGUUUCUGUUUACAAAGUUAAAGCUGAAAAAAAUGCUUGAAAAAGUUGUGGUAGGAACUCAAGGCAACCAAACUUUAUACGCGUUAUGAAAUGCCUGAUGGCAGGAUGUCUCUAGACUGUUUGUCUAUUUCCAUUUCGAGGUGUCACAGAUUAUGUACUGAUUUUAAAAUUGCUUCCUUACUGCUUGGUGGUUUGUUGUUGUCCUCCCUCCCCUUAGGACUAUGUAGAACAUAGCAUCUUAAACCUCCUGCAUUUCUGCUAGCUCCUUUUCUGUUGUUCGCUGCUGUAUGAAGUGCCUCUUUUCCCUUUCAAUUUUCUACCUUGGUCACUAGGACUGGAGGCAGGGAAAGAUGUGCUUUAAGCUUCUCUCUUCUGCUUCCUUUUUUUUGUUGUUGUUGUUGGUUUUUUGUUUGUUUGUUUGUUUUUUUAAGAAAUGCAGAAAAACAAAGCUCCCCAUUCCUCCUUCUAAGAGGUGAUGUGGACUUCAAACCAUUCUUAUUUAAAUGGAUUUACAAGAUAUGUUAUAAGUGUGGGAUAUGUGCAAAUAGUCAGGUUCUCCCCAACAAAACUGUUUGUUUCCUUGUUGUUUUUUUUUUCAACAGCCCUUCCAAAUGAAAAUAUUUAGGCAGCAAGAAACCUCAGAAGGAAGCCAGUACUUUUUUUGUGUGCGUGUUCUGGAGGAGAUUGUUACAAGAAUAUAGUAUAAAGUUCCUUAGAGAAGUAUAAUUUCAUAUUUCCAAACAUUUCAUUUUAGAUGCUUUUUCUACAUCAGACUUCUUCAUGAAGUAGUAUUUAUUGACAGUUAAUGUGCAUUCUGGGAACAGUUAUGGGUGCUCAUGCCUUGAAGUUGCUUAGCAGCUUGUGAGCACGUUCUGUGCGUUGCUCACCUUCUCUGUCAUACCACAGUUGCCAGCAGUACUGCUUGAAAUUUUCACCCAUACAUUUUAUGAUUCUGUAUUCCAGUCUGUGCUGGAAUGGAGUUAUACGGGAAUGCAGUAUUCCUCAUACAAUGCUGCUGCUUCUCUGUUUAAAAGCUGUUUUUCUCCCACACCACCGUUCAGCUCUGUAUUUAUGUGGAUGCUAUUUGUUUCCAACUACUUCUAUAUUUUCAAGGACUUGACCUGUCUGAAAGUCUCUUUUUUUUUUUUUCUUAAAUGGAUUCAUAACUGUAAUGUACUUUUGUAACAUUUCUCUGCCCUGCUGCUGUAAAAAAGAUAUACUAGGCAGAAAAUGGUGCUGGCUUACACUAGUAAAUCAUGCUUAUGCCAGAACUAGUCUAAGCAGAGCAGUGCAAUGAAGUCGUACUAAACUUACUGAAUCACAUUGGGGGGUGUAGAUUAAUUCUGUGUUUGUGCAGCAGUUUAGGCUAUUGCAGCACAAUAACCUCCUUGUAGCUGUUCAGGAGCAUUAAGUGGAGACUUCACAGGGUAGCAGUUUACUUACAGAUGACCAAAGGAACUGCUUCACGUGGUUGCAAACUUGUUGUCAUAAGAAUAGUUCAGAUUUAAAUCAGCACUCAGUUCGAGACAGGUGUGGUAAGAUUUUGUGUGUGUGUGUGUGUGUGUGUGUAAAAAGUAAUUUUUGAGGAUCUUUGGAAUUUACAACUUUAUGUACUGGGUUAUCAUUUGUUAGAAGCCAAAGCACUAUUGGAUGGCUAAAGCAAGGAAACAAGGUGGGGGGGAGGGCAGGAAGAAAGGGAAAGAGUUUUUAAUUUUGUUGUUAAUUGGUGUCCAUUUAGAAGAAUGUACAGGGAAAACAUUACAGAGGUGUACCAAGUUGGUGGUGUUUUUGUUAGUGAACUGAAGGAAGCCAUACUUUCAGCAUUUUCUUUUAGAUAUUUUUAACAAGUAUGGGGGUAAUGUUUUUAACCUAAAAGAGGUGGGCCUAAUCUCAUUUUUAUUAUUCCUUAUAUGAUCUUCUUUGAGCUUACAGUCAUUUGAAUUUGCAGUUAGACUCCAGAGCCAACUAGAUGUUUCUUGUGUACCCCAGGCCCCUUUCACUUCCACUGGAGUGAGUACAGGAGUUAGGUUUUCAAGAAUUCAGGUCCGUACAUAUUCAAAUCUCUCUGACUGUCGUAUUGUUUAAUUCUGAGUUGUUCUGAAUUGAUAAAAUACUUCAUUUGACAGAUGUGCAGAGUGUACUGUUUCUUAUCACAGUCUGAGCUGGUUGUUACAGUUAAGGCUGAAAUAGUGACAUGCUUUAGGAUUUCAAUGCCUAAAAAUAUUUUAAAUCUGACUUGGAAAAUGCGAUUUUCAAAGCUGUUCUCAGCUCAUUUCACUUGCCACUUUGUCUACCUUAACUUUUCAACAUGACUGCAUUUGAAAUGAAAAUAGGAAAGCUCAGAUAGGGAAAUAGGUGCUUCAAGUAAGCAUCCCACUACAAAAAUAAUUUGGUGAUUUUUUUUUUUGAAGAGAUUAUCUAAGCAGAGUUUGCCAUACAAAAUAGUUCAGUAUUUCAGAAGUGCUAGAGUGUAAUAGUAAGCUUGACUGAAGAACUGUCAUGGCAAAUGCUGUACAUAGUAAAAAAGUAGAUCUGCUAGCAAGGUCUCUCAACUUCACUCUCCUUAUCAGAGAUAGUAUUUGAGGAAUAUUACAGUCUGGAUUGCAAGCAGCUUGGGCAUAAAUGGCAUAAAUUCACCACCAAGUAAUGUAUUGCAACCUAAGGAUAAAACAGAAGAGAUCUGGAUAAGAAGCCAGAUUGGGCUUUACUUUUGUUAAAAUAAUUCAAUAUUUCAUGCUCUACUGGAACUUGGAAAACAAAAAGUUGCCACAGAUGUAGUGCUACCGCUCUCCAGGAGAUGCCUGCUGGUAAAUAACUGCAAGACUUCUAUGUCCGUUGUGAGCAAGAUGGGACUUUUAAGGAGUCAAUUAUAGUUGAGUAUGAACCCAUUCAUGGCCGCCAUUUUCUGUAGCAUGUUCUUUAAAUAGAGGUUGUGUUCGGAGAGGUUGGAAACUUUCCUGGGACUGGCAAAGAGUAAGUAGCAUGAGGUUCAACACGAACAAGGAAGUUCAACGGACCUAUGGAACUAAUAUGUUAAAAAAAUUGAAGGAUGUUUCCAGCUAGAAAAGACUUUUAUCUCCUGUCUCUGAGCCAAAAGACAACUUUGUAUCCACAGUCACCUAUUUUUGCCCACUUCCUUUUGCGUAUGCCAGUAAGAAACUUUGCAUUACUGUAAAUUUUUUAGAAGUUUGUAAAUAUGUAAAAUGAAGCUAAAAUAUGGAGUAUUUGUGUACCAAAAUGGUAUAAAAUGUGUAAGAUAAAUGCUCUGUUUAAUGAGAAGCUGUAAAUUAAAUGCUGCCUUGACAAAGCAUGCAUGGGGACAUGUUAAAUAUUCUGUGUCUAGAGGUUGUAUUAAGGACAGCAAAUUAUCUAUUAAGUUGGAAAGCUUCAUCCUGGUCUUGAAUACAAACCAAAAAAACACUACUUCAAGCAAAAGUUGAGUAUUGAGUUUCUUGGAAGACUUCAUGUGCAUAAUCAUUGUUAAAUAUGUUCAUAAUAAAGUUUUAUAUCUUUAUAUUGUA